UUCCUUGAGGCCACUUGCUUUGCCUCCAUGUCAAGAGCGGAUGCUCCUAUCCCAGAACUCCCAGCAAGAGUCCUGCGUGUUACCUUCCUUGAAUCAAUUAUAGUGGCUAGAUGAAUGCACACCAUCUUCUUUUCUUUUCUGGUUGGGUGGUUGUUUUCGGGAGAGCUUGUCCAUGGAUGGCUUUUGGAUGCAGGUAGAGUGGAUCCAACAGAAGGUUGGGCUGUAGGAAGAGGACAGCAGCGGGGGCAUAGACCUGCUCCCACAGGGAGAAGUCUGAUCACCGUGGCUGCAGGAUACGGGCCUGCCAGGCCUCCUUGGAGGCCAGGGCUUGGACGGUGACCACCAGGGGCUCCUGUCCACCCUGACGCAGACCCAGAUGGCUGCUGUGCGCCGGCUGGACAUCUACACCCGCUCAACCCAAAGACGGCACGAAGCACCUGUCGGAGGUGUCAGGGACAUCUUUGGGGGCUUCAGUUCAACGGAAGUAUUUUCAGAGGAUGGGGACUUGGUUAGGAAACAGACCCAGCUCAGUUUCGGGGCUUCUAAGUCUCCUCCGGGUAAGUGGCCCGCGUUCUCCAGGCGUGGGCAUUCUCCAGCUACGCCACGGGCUGCUCUCCGCAGAAUCUGGGCGGAGGCAGGCAGGGAGGGGAGGAGGGAGGAAGCCUUCCACGUGGACGCUGCCUGCUCUGGACAGGCUGUUUGGCUCCUGCAGAGGCCCCGCCACCCCCCACCCCCUCCCCGGAGGCACCUGCUCAAGUGUUCCCUGCCGGGAAGCCACUAUUCUGACCCCUCUCAUCAUGUGGAGGUUUCCCAGGUCCUGCUGUUACUAAAAGGAAAAGGUUCUCCAUGGACCAUACCUUCAUGUGGUUGGAUAGGAGUUUAUGAUCCCCAAAGGCAGAUCCCCAAAGGAGACUUGUCUCUACAGGACACGCGGGAGAUCCCUGCUCUGGCCCCUGACCCCACCACUGCGCCUGGCGCCCUCCUUGGCUUGGUCCUGAAGAGGAGUAAGACCGGGAAGCAGGAGGCACAGGUCUGUGGUCCUGGUGCUUCAGAAACUCUCAUCGAGGGAGCUGUGUGGAGAAUCUUCCACGAACACAUACUUAGCUGCCGUAUUUCUUUCUGUUAUUUAUAUACAUAUACGUGUAUUUUUGCACAUGAAAACAAUCCCUACUCAUUUCCCACAGAAACACGCCGAGGCGUGCCCCUUGACUCCCUGCUGGAAGCUGACUGCAAAGCCCUCCCCAGCACCCCAGGCCCGCUGAUCCUUCAGGCCGUAAAAGAAAACAGAGAGAGGGCUGGACACGAAGGCGUUCUCAGGGUGCCUGGAUCCCAGGCCAGGGUCAAGGUAAUGGUCUGGCUUCCCCCACGUCCUCCAGGCUGCAUCUCUCCCCUUGAGCCAGGAGAGAAUCCAGCGCCCCUGUACGCUGGCCUUUUCAGCGGGGACGAGUGUCCCCACAACGACGCGUCCAAGUUGCUCAAGAGGUUCCUCCGGGAACUGCCAGCGCCUCCGGUCCCUGCCGAGCACCUCCUCGCCUCUGCCGCGCUGCCCCCCGUGAUUCUUUCCGGCCAGGUCGCCUCUUUCUUGGUCUCACAGGUGCGAGAACUGAAUAACAGCAGUGCGCGCCCCCAGCUCUGCGACGGGGGCCUCGAGACCUGGCCGCGAAGAUUACACGCAGAGAGGGAGCAGGUGAAUAUCCCCCACGCCACGGGGACAAGCGCCACUCCCAAAGUGGCAAAGGUCCAGGUGACCUGGCCUAUCACAGAUCCCCGGGCUCUGACCUCCAGCACCAAAGUAGCCCAUAUCCUCAUAGAGCACCUCAGUCCUGGUUCACAGGGUCAAGAAGGCAGUAAGAACACAGACAGCCUCCUUCCUGGAUAA